AUGGCAGAAAAUACUGCUCUGGCUUGUCCUGAGAGAAAGAGGAAAUAUCCGCUCUUUGUCUUCUUUGAAGAUGCUAGGAGCGUUUUCAAAUUGGAUGAUCUCGGUUUGGAGAUAUUGCGCAUAGCAUUUCCAGCAGCUCUUGCAUUAGCUGCUGAUCCUAUAGCCUCUCUGAUCGAUACAGCAUUCAUUGGCCAUCUAGGUUCAGUAGAAAUAGCUGCUGUUGGCGUGUCAAUUGCUAUAUUUAAUCAAGCCUCAAAGGUAGCUAUAUUCCCGAUAGUUAAUAUUACUACCUCUUUUGUUGCUGAGGAAGACACAGUGAAAAGAAUAGCCAGUGAAUCAGAAAAGUGCGGUGAUUUGGAGAAAGGUGCUGUAAAAAUCAAUGUAACAGAAGAAAUGGAACCAGAAGAAACUGCUGUUAAAAAUCUGGAUGCUUCAAUCCCUGAGGUUAAAACAAAGGAGUUCGAAGAGGAGUAUGAAUCCUGCAAAACGACGGCCAUAAUGAGCAAUUCUGCAGCUAAGAGCAAAGUGAAACGUGAAAGGCGACAAAUCCCUUCAGCAUCAACUGCGCUGGCUAUUGGUGCUGUGCUUGGCCUCCUUCAAACCUUACUACUUAUAUUUCUGGCAAAACCUUUGCUCGGGUUCAUGGGUGUGAAAGCUGGAUCUGCAAUGCUGGCUCCAGCUCGGAAGUAUCUUACACUGAGAGCGCUUGGUUCUCCAGCAGUGGCACUCUCUUUGGCAAUGCAAGGUGUCUUUCGAGGUUUUAAAGACACAAAAACACCUUUGUAUGCCACUGUUGCAGGAGAUACUACAAACAUUAUUUUGGAUCCCAUUUUCAUUUUUGUGUGCCAUCUGGGUGUUAGCGGAGCUGCCAUUGCUCAUGUUCUUUCUCAGUAUUUGAUUUCAAUAAUUCUCUUGUGCAAACUAAUGAAGCAAGUUGACCUUCUACCUCCAACUACUAAACAUAUGCAGUUCAGUAAAUUUCUCAAGAGUGGUUUUCUAAUACUAGCUAGAGUAUUGGCUGCAACAAUCUGUGUGACGCUGGCUGCUUCAAAGGCUGCUAGGCUUGGAGCAACACCAAUGGCUGCGUUCCAAGUUUGCUUGCAGGUCUGGCUCACAUCAUCGCUUCUCUCUGAUGGUUUGGCUGUUGCUGGACAGGCCAUUCUUGCCUGUGCAUUUGCUGAGAAGGACUAUGAGAAGGCAACAGCAGCAGCAAGGAGAGUGAUACAGUUUGUCGCAGGCACACAACCGAUCAACUCGUUAGCUUUUGUGUUCGAUGGAAUUAACUAUGGCUCAUUUGACUUUGCUUAUUCUGCUUACUCCAUGGUUAUGGUGGCUGCAGCAAGCAUUGGAUGCUUGUUUCUUCUCUCAAAAGUUUAUGGAUUUAUUGGGAUAUGGAUUGCUUUGAGCAUAUACAUGAUGCUACGCGCCAGUGCCGGCUUUUGGAGGGUGUGUUCCGGUACAGGACCGUGGAGGUACCUUCGGGGAAAAACAUCGUCCGAGGACACAGAUUCUGCCGUCUCUGAAUCCUCAUAG